AUGAAAUUAUUGCUAAUUCCUGCAUCGAUAUAUUUUUUGGUCACAGGAUGGUACUUAUUUAUUGAAUCUAAAUUGCCAUAUUAUCCUUUUUAACAUCUGCUUGAAUUUACUCCAAAUGUAUAAUAUAUAAAUAAAAACAAUAGCAUGCUAUUUAAGCAUUAUUCACAGUUGCAUUAGGAUUAUGUAUAAUAAUAGAUAUAAAAAAACUUCUAAUGGUUUUCUUAUUAAUAGGUGUAGCAGAUCUCUCAUUAAUAAUUCGAUAUUGUUUAAAAUUAGAAAUGCAAGAUCUUAGUGAAGCAUUAUAGCAGUAUUAAUAUAUAAGAUAUUGAAAAGUGUUGGAUAUAAAACAAUAUUGUUAGGAAUAAUUAUUGAAUCUAUGAGAGAUUAAAUAAUUUAUGAAUAAGUAGAGAAAAAGAAGAAAAAGAAAAAGAAAGUAAAGAAAAUGGUAGAAGUUGAAGUAGAAGAAGAAGUAGAUGAAGAUGAAGAAGUAGAAACUUAAAAACUUAGUGAUAAAUAAUAACCAGAAGAGCCUACUUAAGCUGUAACAAAAUAAAAAGGAAAGAAAUCUAAGAAAUGAUUUAUAUUAUAGUGCAAAAAAUGUGUGGAUA